CACCAGUAUCCUUGUUGAAAUUGUUCCAUGGCCACGCUGAGGCUACAGCGGGCAGUCCAUCGUCACCUCGGCUCGAGCUUUCAUCGGUCAUUCUUUUCCAGAGCCUCUCCUCCCUCAUCAACCACCCUCAGAACUGGCCUCUAUGCGACAGCUCUCAUCCUCUCAACCGGUCUUUUCGCUGUCUACUAUUUCGAUUCUCGUUCUGCCUUGCACCGUUAUGUGUUGACUCCAACUAUCCGACACACCUUCGAUGCAGAGACUGGACAUAAACUUGCUGUCAAGGUCCUGAGAAGUGGCCUGGGCCCUAAAGAUGCCGUUCCGGAUGAUGAAAAGCUCGAGGUGGAGAUUUGGGGAAGGAAAUUAUCGAAUCCAAUCGGUCUAGCUGCCGGUUUUGACAAGGAUGGAGAAGCAGUGGACGGCUUAUUUGACCUCGGGUUCAGCUGGGUAGAAAUUGGCAGUGUUACCCCCAAACCUCAACCAGGCAAUCCUCGCCCCCGUGUAUACCAUCUGCUUGAAGAUGAAGCCCUCAUCAACCGCUAUGGCUUUCCUUCCCAGGGCCACGCCUCUGUCCUCUCGCGACUCCGUGCACGAAUACCGAGUUUCUUAUCUACCAGCAAUUCCUCAGCCUCUCUGCGUGACGGUUCGAUACUGGCAGUUAAUCUUGGAAAGAAUAAAGAUUCUCCGCCGGAUUCCAUAGAAGACUUUGUAGAGGGUGUCAGAGCUUUCGGCGCGUAUGUUGACGUUCUCGUUGUCAAUGUUUCUAGUCCGAAUACACCCGGAUUAAGGGGUCUACAAGAUAGAGAGUCUUUGGAAGUCCUCCUCAAAAGUGUAGUAGAGGCUCGAGACGCCCUUUCUCCUUCGACAAUGACCCCCCAUCACCCCCGACCCUGCGUUGUCCUAAAAAUUGCACCUGAUCUCGAUGAAGCUCAGCUGAAAGAUAUGGCUAGUGUGAUAAGAGAAAGUGCAAUUGACGGAGUGAUAGUUUCAAACACGACUAUACAGCGGCCUAAAGACCUACAAAGUCAAAACGCCAUUCAAACUGGUGGACUUUCCGGUACACCCCUUAAAUUUUUCACGAUGCAAACUCUGCGCACUCUGCGUUCUCACCUUCCGGCGACUGUCCCUAUUAUUGGAUGUGGUGGAAUAACCUCAGGUGCCGAUGCACUCGAAUAUGCUCGCGCCGGUGCUUCGAUGGUACAGGUGUAUACAGGAUUUGGUUAUGAUGGCGUAGGAAUGUGCCGUCGAGUGAAGGACGAAAUCGUGGAAACUCUCGAGAAUACAAAAGAGAGUUGGGGCAGUGUUGUCAGUCAGGCUGUUCGAGAGAAGAGUUUGAGUGAGGAAGAAACAUACACACGAAGGCAGCGAGAGAUCGAGGUGAAAAAUAAGUCCAAGGCGUUGAUGGGGAGCCAGAGUACCACAGGAAAUGUUGAGGAAGUAACCAAGUUAAUUCAAGAGGCAGAGGAUUUAAAAAAGCUGUUGGAGGAAUUCGAUAAAGGACUUGGAAGGGAAGAUAUCAGAGAAUCCGCUGCGGCGGCAGCAGAGCCUGUAGUGUAAUAUAUAAUAACCCUGCGUAUGCAAUUGUCCGCCCAGGUCAGUUGCGCGUGUCAAACAUGACGCGUUGAGGCCUGAGGGUUCGCGAACUCAAC